UUCCUUACGCGGUAUGAACACGGCCACUCCUCUUAGAGCUCCCGAGCUCCAUCAGCUCAUCGGAGCUAUCGGCUUCUGGGCUUAGAGGAAAUUUCCCCAAUCCUACUGUUUCGCGCGUCGAUUCGUCGUCGUCCUCAUUGCUCCUCUCAGACGUUCGACACCCUCUUUUUAAUUUCUUCGAUCUCUCUUUCCACUCUCCACAAACAUCUCCAAGCCAUGGCUCUAUUCUGUGUUCUAGCUUUUCUCCAAGUUCUCGCACUCAUCGCCAUCGCCUCCGUCAAGAAGGCAAGUCGCCGCGGAAGCGACGAGGAAAACUGCACCGAAGAUGUCGAGAACCAGCUGGGGAAAGAGGCAAAAGCCGAGAUAAACCCGACCACCCGGCAGAGCUACCAUGAAGUCCAUGAGCAGCAUUGUCUUUCACAAGCUGAAAAAUCCUGUGGCAGAAAAGAUAAUCAUCCCAUGGUGAGUCAGUACCAUGAUGACAUUGGGAACAACACAUUAGAUCAAACACUCCAGCCAACUUCAUCUGCAGCAACCACUGGUGGAGGUGCACAUGAGCCAGCUGAAGAUGAUAGAGUAACUCAUAGGAACUUAGAGUUGACCGAAGCCACUCUGUUCAAAUGCAAGGAUGGACAGAGAGAGAGCAGAGAAGAAGAGAUGCAUAGAGAGACAGAAGCAGAAGAGAGUAGAGAAGAAGAGAGGCAUAGAGAGAUGCAGUCUGCCUCAAAAUUUUCUUACUUUUCAACUGGCGUUUCUGUUGCUGGAAUCAUAAGCAUUUUCUCUGGAUAUCUUGGAGAUCAAACAGGACAUGCCCAUACAGUCCCUCUAAAGAUUUGCACCUUCUUCAUGCUGGCCACCUUUGUAUCUGGAGCCAGCAUGCUGCUUCUGAUACUCAUCAAUCUUAGCAGGCACAUCUCUAUUAUAUUCUUCAGAAGCCUCAAGUAUACGGCAUUCGGGUUCCUGACCCUUUCAAUGUGUAGUGUCUCCAUUCUUUUCCUAAAGAUGUUUGCCAUUCUUGCCUUUGUUCCGACGGUGUGUAUAGUAUUGAUUUCAUUCAUUAUGGCCUGGCAUCCACGCAGUCAUGACCGAGGUGAUAGUGGCAUGCCAUUCAGUCGUUUAUCAGAAUCUGUUUGAAACAUCUGGAUGCUGUAGAAUUGUGUUAUUUUGAAUCCUGGACUCCUGUUACUAUGUAAUAUUAGUACUUUAACAUUGUUUAUGGUGAUGAUUGCAUUCAUUAUGGCUUGGUUUCCAUGAUGUCGUCACCUGGGUAAUUGGGGUAUAUGUCAUUCAGCCAUUUAUCCAAAUCUGUUUGAAACAUUUGGAUGCUGUUAACUUGUGUUAUUUUCAAUCCUGGACUCCUGUUACCAUGUAAAAUUAGUACUUAACAUUGUUUAUGGUGAUGAUUGCAUUCAUUAUGGCUGGGUUUCCACCGAGUCAUCAUCAA